GGUUGCUCUGGGGCUGAAACGAGACAAUGGCACGAACAGUUCGUAAACGAUAUGUGAAAGAGGCCAAAGAAGCAACUAAGAAUGGAGAUCUGGAAGAAGCUCUUAAACUUUUCAAUUUGGCAAAAGACGUUUUUCCCAAUGAAAAGGUAAUGAGCAGAAUCCAAAAAAUACAGGAAGCCUUGGAGGAGUUGGAUGAACAUGGAGAUGAUGAAUUCAUAGAUGUGUGCAACUGUGGCCUGCUGCUUUAUCAAGAACUGCACAACCAAUUAUUUGAGCAUCAGAAGGAAGGUGUAGCUUUCCUCUAUAGCCUGUAUCGGGAUGGAAGAAAAGGUGGUAUCCUGGCAGAUGAUAUGGGAUUAGGGAAGACUGUUCAAAUCAUUGCUUUCCUUUCUGGUAUGUUUGAUGCUGCACUUGUGAAUCAUGUGUUGCUGAUCAUGCCAACCAGUCUUAUUAGCACAUGGAUAAAAGAAUUUGUCAAGUGGACUCCAGGAAUGAGAGUCAAAGCCUUCCAUGGUCCUAGCAAAGAUGAACGGACCAGAAACCUCAAUCGGAUUCAGCAAAGGAAUGGCAUCAUUAUCACCACAUACCAAAUGUUAAUCAAUAAUUGGCAGCAACUUUCAAGCUUGAAAGGCCAAGAGUUUGUGUGGGACUAUGUUAUUCUUGAUGAAGCGCAUAAAAUAAAAACCGCAUUGACUAAGUCAGCGAUAUGUGCUCGUGCUAUCCCUGCAAAUAAUCGCAUCCUCCUCACAGGAACUCCAAUCCAGAAUAAUUUACAAGAAUUGUGGUCCCUAUUCGAUUUUGCUUGUCAAGGGUCCCUGCUAGGAACAUUAAAAACUUUUAAAAUGGAAUAUGAAAAUCCUAUUACUAGAGCAAGAGAGAAGGAUGCUACCCCAGGGGAAAAAGCCUUGGGAUUUAAAAUAUCUGAAAACUUAAUGGCAAUCAUUAAACCCUAUUUUCUCAGGAGGACAAAAGAAGAGGUACAGAAGAAAAAGUCAGACAACUCAGCGAUCAGAUGUAGGGAAGAGAAUCCAGAUGAUGAUGCUGUUUGUGAAAUGCCUUCCCUUUCCAGGAAAAAUGAUUUCAUUGUUUGGAUACGUCUUGUACCUUUACAAGAAGAAAUAUACAGGAAAUUUGUGUCUCCAGAUCAUAUCAAGGAGUUGUUAAUGAAGACACAUUCACCUUUGGCUGAGCUAGGUGUCUUAAAGAAGUUGUGCGAUCAUCCUAGGCUGCUUUCUGAAUGGGCUUGUCGUUUACUGAAUCUAGGAGGGCGCAGAUUCUCUGCUCAAGAUGAAAAUGAGGGGGAGGAUUCUUCCUAUGUGGACCAUAUUGAUCAAGCAACUGAUGAUACAUUGAUGGAAGAAUCUGGAAAAAUGAUAUUCCUGAUGGAACUGCUUAAGAGACUACGAGAUGAAGGGCAUCAAACUCUGGUGUUUUCCCAAUCAAGACAAAUCCUAAACUUCAUCGAACAUCUCUUAAAGAAUAGGCACUUUAAAACCCUGCGAAUAGAUGGAACAAUUACUCAUCUUUUGGAACGAGAAAAAAGAAUUAACUUAUUCCAGAAAAAUAAAGAUUACUCUGUUUUUCUGCUUACCACUCAAGUAGGCGGUGUGGGCUUAACAUUAACUGCAGCAACUAGAGUGGUCAUUUUUGACCCUAGCUGGAAUCCUGCAACUGAUGCUCAAGCUGUGGAUAGAGUUUACCGAAUAGGACAAAAAGAAAAUGUUGUAGUAUAUAGGCUAAUCACUUGUGGGACUGUAGAGGAAAAAAUUUACAGAAGACAGGUUUUCAAAGACUCAUUGGUAAGACAAACUACUGGUGACAAGAAGAACCCUUUCAGAUAUUUUAGUAAACAAGAAUUAAGAGAGCUCUUUACCAUCGAGGAUUUUCAGAACUCCCCAACCCAGCUGCAGCUUCAGUCUUUGCAUGCUGCCCAGAGGAGAUCCGAUAAGAAACUAGGUGAACAUAUUGCCUACCUGCACUCUUUGGGGAUAGCCGGAAUCUCAGACCACGAUUUGAUGUACACACAUGAUCUAUCUGUUAAUGAAGAACUUGGUGUGACAGAAGACUCUCAUUACAUUCAACAAAGGGUGCAGAACGCUCAAUUCCUUGUUGAAUAUGAGUCUCAAAAUACAGAGCUCUUGACAAAAAGAAAAAGAACAGGAAAUGAAGAGGCCUGGCUGAGAGAACCUGUAUUUCCUUCUCAAACAAAGAAGAAAUGCCCUGAAUUGAGAAAACCAUGGCCUCGGCUUUCACCUCCUAUUACUACUCAUCAUACCCAAGAAGACAAUAUCAGUUCCCAAAUGGCAAGUGUUACUAUUGAUGAUCUGACUGAAGAGAGUGAGAAACAAGAUCUCUCCAGUAUACAGAUGAACCCUACUGUCCUGCACAAUAAUAGGCACACAUGUGACAGUCAAUUUGAUGCUCAGUUUGUAGCUACUUUACCUAGAGGGUGUGGAAGUGUAGAAGAAAUUGGGACUGACUCUUUAUUGGAAGUGGCAAAAAGCUUUACAACUGAAGAUGAGGCUCUACAAAAAGAGGCAUUGAGAGAUGGGCCUAGGCAGGAGGCAUCCCCAGAGGACCCUCUGGGAGGUUUUAAUUAUUUACUUAGCAAAUCAAUCAGAGCUGAUCUUGGGCCAAAUCAAGUUCAACCAAAGGAUGAUGAAAUUUUACAGCACAGUAAUCUCUGGCCCAUUAAUCCUAUAACAAGUAGAAAUCCAAAUACAGAACCCACUACACCCUUUAUUGAAAUAGCUGAUGACUUGUCAGCAUCCCAUAGCGGACUGCAGGAUGUGCAAGCAAAUGAGGCCAAGCUGAAAGAGGAACCUUUAGCAUCUUCACCACGAUAUGCAUGUGAUUUCAAUCUUUUCUUGGAAGAUUCUACAGACAAUGGACAGAAUCUUUGCAGUCAGUCUUUGGAGCAUGUUGAGAAAAAAAGCAGCUUGUGUGGUUUUGCAGCUAAUUCUAGAGAAGAGUUUGUGUGUAGCAAGGCAUGUCUUAGUUUGGAUUUUUCUGAGAAAGAUGAUGAGCCAGAAGAAGUAGUUAAUGUGAAAAUCAGAAGUAAAGCUAGAAGGAUUACUUCAGAUGAUGAAGAUGAAGGUGAUUCUUUUAAAGGCAUUUCCAGCACAACUUCAUUCAAUAUAUCUCCCUUUCAGUUCUCAUCUGUGAAACAAUUUUAUGCUUCAACUCCCCAAAGUGACAUCAGUCCACCUGGAAGGUUCUUUUCACCUAUAAUACCUGACAGUGGAAAUAAGUCUAGAAACUCUAGAAGAUCUCUGGCUUCUAGGAGGUCUCUUAUUAAUGUGGUUUUAGACCAUGUGGAGGAUAUGGAAGAAAGACUUGACUACAGCAGUGAAGCAAAGGGCACUGGAGAUUAUCUGGAAGAAGGAGCAGAAGGCAGCAGUGGAGAAGCCUCAGAGUACACAGAAGAGGAUCCUUGUGGAGAAACCCUGUCUUCAGAAAAUAGGUCCAGCUGGUUAGCUACAUCAAAGACUGAUGCUCUAGCUCAGGAGGCCUCAAUUGGUGACCCUGAGCCUCUGUCUGGUAAAAAGUUGGCUAAUUCUCCCCAGGAUAAGGCCGUGGAAGCUGUGAAUGACUAUGAGACUCUUGUAAGGCGUGGAAAAGAACUGAAAGAGUGUGGAAAAAUACAGGAAGCCCUCAGCUGCUGAGUUAAAGCACUUGACAUAAGAAGUACAGAUCCUGAAGUCAUGCUCAUGACUUUAAGUUUGUAUAAGCAAUUUAAUAUAACAAGUACAUGAACUGUUUACUGCAUUUUAAAGUGAAAUUGAGUUUGAAGUAAUUUGUGUUUCCGUAAUUGGAUUUGGGCUGAGCAUGAAACAUUGAAGGAGAGGGAGAGCUCUAAAAGAGCAAGUUUUUGUUUCUAACUCCUGUGUAAAUUCUGCCUUUAUCCUGACUCCCCA